GAUGAACCCGUCAUCAAAUUCAAAACCAUGCUUCAAUGCCUGUUUCCCAUCUCCAUUAUCCCUUGUCUCUGCCGAAUCCAGUGACACUCCCAAACCGAGAUUCAGCAACGUAGCUUUAUCAAACCAAGAAUUCGCAGAAUCAAUUUAUUCCACUCUUCACCCUCACACAUACUUCACCAACCACGAAACUCUCCCUACUCUUCAAGAUUCAUACUCCAACUUCAUCAAAGCGUUCCCAAAAUUUCCCAACACUUUCAAAAUCGAUGAGAUUCGUUCCCAAGAGUACCAUCACCUCACUUUCUCUAACACUUGCUUCGAUUACACAGGCAACGGUCUCUUCUCCUACGCGCAACAACAAAGAUCACUACUCUCCACAACUUCACUUGCUGCUGCUUCUUCUUCUUCGUCCACGUUUGCAACCACGGAACCAUUAUCGUUCUUUGACGUAUCGUACAAGUCAGUUACUUUGCCUUCACAGAUUCUUUACGGGGGCCACGACACUGAGCUAGAGUUGAGAAUGAGCGAAAGGAUCAUGAGAUUCAUGAACGUAUCAGAAUCCGAAUACACGCUAGUUUUCACUGCCAAUGAGGUCUCUGCUUUCAAAAUUUUGGCCAAUUCUUUUCAGUUUCAUCCAAACGGAGAGCUUCUUACAGUUUAUGAUCAUAGCAGCGAGGCAUUGGAAACGAUGAUACAAGUAUGCAAGAAUCAAGGCGUGACCCCGCUCUCGGCUGAAUUCUCGUGGCCGAGUCUGAAAAUGAAUUGGCGAAAACUGAAGAAGAAAAUCAUAGCCAACAAGAUAAUAAAGAAUAACAAUGGUAAUAAUAACAAUAAGGGUCUGUUCGUUUUCCCUCUCCGUUCGAGGGUUACCGGGACGCCGCAUUCCUAUGUUUGGAUGUCGAUGGCGCAAGAGAAAGGGUGGCGCGUGUUGCUUGAUGCUUGUUCCAUGAGGCCUAAGGAAACAAGCUCGUUAGGGUUGUCCAUGUUCAAGCCAGAUUUCAUGAUUUGUUCUUUCUAUAAAGUGUUCGGUGAGAAUCCAUCUGGCUUUGGGUGCUUGUUUGUCAAGAAAUCUAGCAUCUGUUCGCUGAAAGAUUCUUGCAAUGAUUCAGCUCUAGGAAUUGUGAGCCUUGUCCCUGCAUUUAAGAAACAAAAUUUGUCAUUCAUUGCUGCUGCUGAUGUUGAUGAUGAAGAAAAUGAACCAAAACCAAAAGACCAGUGUUCCAAUUCAAAUUCAGUUCCGAAAUUAGACUCAUUCAACUCUGGGAAGAGAUUUGGACACAUGAUUGAUACUUUCGGUUCUGAAUGCAGAGGAUUGGACCAUGCAGACUCGGUGGGGCUAAUGUUGAUUAAUUGCAGGGCCAGGUGCCUUAUCAAUUGGUUGGUUAAUGCAUUGUUGAGUCUACAACACCCUAAUCCUGAAAAUGGGAUUUCAAUGGUUAGGAUCUACGGCCCAAACAUAAGUUCACACCGUGGGCCGGCAGUGGCAUUCAACAUAUUUGAUUGGAAAGGGGAAAAGAUUGAUCCAAAACUACACCGUGGGCCGGCAGUGGCAUUCAAUGGGCCUGGGAUAUUCGUGGUGACUUCUACACUUGGUUUCUUGACAAACUUUGAAGAUGUUUACAGAUUGUGGGCUUUUAUUUCAAGGUUUCUUGAUGCAGAUUUUGUGGAGAAAGAGACAUGGAGAUAUGUAGCUCUUAAUCAAAAGACAAUUGAUAUAUGA